AUGAGCAACUUUUUAUUCAAAAUUGAAUUUAACCCAAACGACUUCCCUGAAAUCAAGAACUUAGAAAAUUUUUAUCUAGAUGCAUUUCACAAGUCAUACGAGUUAUACUACAAAAAUUAGCUUAGCGUUUUGAAUUCCUAAACUAUUGAGCCUUUGAAAUAAAUUGAACCAAAUACUGGGUUUUUGUACUCCAAAAAAGAAAAUAAUUAAAAUUCAAAAACUUAAUUAAAAGGCGGAUUAGAAAGUGUCAUUAAAAAAUUAAAUUUAAAACUAUGGAACGAUUCUCAUAUUGGAGGAGGAAAAGUUGUAAAUUAUGAAAAAAUAAAAUUUCUUAUAGGCGUAAAACCAGAUUCUGAUAUCUAUGUAAGAGUAGUUGCAAUAUAGUAAAAUUAUUAAUGCUUUAAAGAAGAACUUUAAUAGUAUUACUUAGUCCAUUUCUAUAAAUACAAGCAUGAUAUUUAAAGAGCUAAUAUAUAGCCAAUCAAUACUACCCUAAGAGAAAACAGAUCUAAUUUACAUAAAAUGGAAGAAGAAUUGGAACAACCUUAAAACACCCAUGUAAAAUAAGAAUACUAAGAAAACUAAGAAGAAUCUGAGAACAAAUUCUUAAAAAGAUAAGUUGAGUAACUAUAAAAAUAAUUUAAAGAGUAACAAGAAAUCUCAAAUCAAUAAAGCAAUUUAAUAAAUAUCUUAUUUUCAAAAUAUAAUUUACUUGAAAAUAAGCUUUAAGAAAUAAUGAAAUGUCAAAAUACAAUUAUCUUGGAUUGA